UUGAUUGUAAUUAUUUUUAUCUUAAUUGGUACAAAUCAUUCAACUUCUUGCCUUCUAGCAUUUAAAUCAGUUGCAUCUGAUGUCAAGAAAACUUAUUUGAUCAAUGAAUUCCUGAAUGCUCACACUGCUUAUGGGCCUGGACUGGGAGUUUUCACACCUUACUGGUAUGCUGAUAUUUCGUAUGACAAUAUACCUUUUGUUGGAAAAAUCAUUAGUGGUGGUAAAGAAGGUACAAGUUCUAGACUGCGCAUAAAUCCUAUUAAUCCAUUAUCAAAGAGUCCAGAUAAUCCAUUUCCACCACUUUAUAAAGCAAGGCCUUUACCCCCACACGUACCAGAACCGAUGGAUGUUAUAGCUGUUCCACUUGAAGAAGAAAGUUUGCAUGGCGAACCACUGUUCCCGAAAGGUUUUUUAUCUUCAAACUACAAUCCUUUUAAUAAUCCGUUUGGAGAAAGUAUAGCAAGACAGAAUGAAAAAGGAGAUAGAGUUGUGCAUUCUGAUUCCACUUCUCAAACUAGUGAUAACAUUUAUUUAGGUAAAUUAAUUUUUAUACUUCAUUAA